GGGGCGGGGCCCGGCGGCGGUUGCUCGCUAGCCCGGGAGGCCGAGACCGCUGUCGUUGCCUCGGCUGUCCGCAUCUCUGAGGCUGUCGUGUCGGCUACCCCUUGGCCCCCAAGCCCGGAGAUCGUCCCACAGGCUCGUGUGAGCUCCCGAACUCGCCAGCCACUCGCUGUUUCCUGUGCCGACCGUGCCUCCUGCAUCAUGUGCGGUAUAUUUGCUUACUUAAACUACCAUGUUCCUCGCACAAGACGAGAAAUCUUGGAGACCCUAAUCAAAGGCCUUCAGAGACUGGAGUACAGAGGAUAUGAUUCUGCUGGUGUGGGAGUUGAUGGAGGCAAUGACAAAGAUUGGGAAGCCAAUGCCUGCAAAAUCCAACUCAUUAAGAAGAAGGGAAAAGUUAAGGCACUGGAUGAAGAAGUUCACAAACAACAAGAUAUGGAUUUGGAUAUAGAAUUUGAUGUACACCUUGGGAUAGCUCAUACCCGUUGGGCAACGCAUGGAGAACCCAAUCCUGUCAAUAGCCAUCCCCAGCGCUCUGAUAAAAAUAAUGAAUUUAUUGUUAUUCACAAUGGAAUCAUUACCAACUACAAAGACUUGAAAAAGUUUUUGGAAAGCAAAGGCUAUGACUUUGAGUCUGAAACAGACACAGAGACAAUUGCCAAGCUUGUUAAAUACAUGUAUGACAAUCGGGAAAGUCAAGACACCAGUUUUACUACCUUGGUGGAGAGAGUCAUCCAACAAUUGGAAGGUGCUUUUGCACUUGUGUUUAAAAGUGUUCAUUUUCCUGGCCAAGCAGUUGGCACAAGACGAGGUAGCCCUCUAUUGAUUGGUGUACGAAGUGAACAUAAGCUCUCUACUGAUCACAUUCCAAUACUCUACAGAACAGCUAGGACUCAGAUUGGAUCAAAAUUCACACGGUGGGGAUCACAGGGAGAAAGAGGCAAGGAUAAGAAAGGAAGCUGCAAUCUCUCUCGUGUGGACAGCACAACUUGUCUUUUCCCUGUUGAAGAAAAAGCAGUGGAGUAUUACUUUGCUUCUGAUGCAAGUGCUGUCAUAGAACACACCAAUCGCGUCAUCUUUCUUGAAGAUGAUGAUGUCGCAGCAGUGGUAGACGGCCGUCUUUCUAUCCAUCGAAUUAAACGGACUGCGGGAGAUCACCCUGGACGUGCUGUGCAGACCCUCCAGAUGGAGCUGCAGCAGAUCAUGAAGGGCAACUUCAGUUCGUUUAUGCAGAAGGAAAUUUUUGAGCAGCCUGAGUCAGUUGUGAACACAAUGAGAGGAAGAGUCAACUUUGAUGAUUAUACUGUGAAUUUGGGAGGUUUGAAGGAUCACAUUAAGGAAAUCCAGAGGUGUCGGCGCUUAAUCCUUAUUGCUUGCGGAACAAGUUAUCAUGCUGGUGUAGCGACGCGUCAAGUUCUUGAAGAGCUGACUGAGCUGCCUGUUAUGGUGGAGCUAGCCAGUGAUUUCCUGGAUAGAAAUACACCAGUUUUUCGAGAUGAUGUUUGCUUUUUCAUUAGUCAAUCAGGUGAGACAGCAGAUACCCUGAUGGGUCUCCGGUACUGUAAGGAGAGAGGAGCUUUAACUGUGGGGAUCACAAACACAGUCGGCAGUUCCAUAUCAAGAGAGACAGACUGUGGAGUUCACAUCAAUGCUGGGCCGGAGAUUGGCGUGGCCAGCACAAAGGCAUACACCAGCCAGUUUGUGUCCCUUGUGAUGUUUGCCCUUAUGAUGUGUGAUGACAGGAUCUCCAUGCAGGAGAGACGCAAAGAGAUCAUGCUUGGAUUGAAGCGGCUGCCUGAUUUGAUUAAGGAAGUUUUGAGCAUGGAUGAUGAAAUUCAAAAACUGGCAACAGAACUUUAUCAUCAGAAGUCGGUCUUGAUAAUGGGACGUGGCUAUCAUUAUGCUACUUGUCUUGAAGGGGCCCUGAAAAUCAAAGAAAUCACUUACAUGCACUCUGAAGGUAUCCUUGCUGGUGAGUUGAAGCACGGCCCCCUGGCUUUGGUGGAUAAGUUGAUGCCCGUCAUCAUGAUCAUCAUGAGAGAUCACACCUAUGCCAAGUGCCAGAAUGCUCUUCAGCAGGUGGUUGCUAGGCAGGGAAGGCCAGUGGUGAUCUGUGAUAAGGAAGACACUGAGACCAUUAAGAACACCAAACGAACAAUCAAGGUGCCCCACUCGGUGGACUGCCUGCAGGGCAUUCUCAGCGUCAUCCCGUUACAGUUGCUGGCCUUCCACCUGGCUGUGCUCAGAGGCUAUGAUGUUGAUUUCCCCCGGAAUCUUGCCAAAUCGGUAACCGUAGAAUAAGGAGCAUCUGAGAUUGGGCGAUUAAGCAACACAAGACACCUUUUGUAUUUAAAACCUUGAUUUAAAAUAUCACCCCUCUAAGCCUUUUUUAAGUAAAUCCUUAUUUAUAUAUCAGUAAUAAUUAUUCCAUUCAAUUUGUGAUUUUUGUGAAAUUACCUCCUAUUUUUCCAGUAAGUUGUGAGGGAGUUUAAAUAAUGCAAUCUAUAUUGGUAUUGGUAUCAGAAAGAGAUUUAGCUCUCAUUUUCUUUAAACGAUGCUGAGUAUUGGAUUUAUGGGUCCUCUACUUGAAUCUGAGAGGACUGUUGUGUUUUUAAAAUAAUUGGCAUUUGUUUUAACAUCUAUUCAUUCAGGCCAAUGAAGUGGUAGUUCAUUUAAUUGGAAUAUUUAAAGCCAGUGGCAAUAUACUCAGACAUUCAAUUAAGGUUUUGCUAAGUUAUAAGAUGCUACGAUUUUGAAAAUUUUUGAAAUUUGUGUUUUGAUUUUAAAUCAAACUGUAAAACUUAAAAACUAAAAACUCUUCUUGGUGGGAUUUUGAAGUUAACCUUACUCUCUCAAAUUUACUGCCUGUCAUCUGGAGGUCAAGGUAUCUUAGGAAGCUAAAUAGUAUGGUAUUGCAUUGGUUUUCUUGGGCCUUUAAAAAACAGAAAAUAUUUGUACAGUUUCAUAGCAUAAACUUGAAAUUUGAGCUGCUUUGGACAACUGACAGUAUGAUUUUAAAUCUGAAGUUGGGAUACAUAUGUAUUAGAUAUUCUACUUCUUGUUUUUAAAUCUCCUAAAAGUGAUUUUAAUAUGCUUGUAUCUGUAGUUUUUUUUAAAUUAAUGCCAAAUGACAUUUUAUCUUGUUCUUUGAAAACACCACACAGAAUUGCUAUCAUAUGUCUCAAAUUAAAUCAAUAUCGAUAUAGUCAGACUUCUCUUCAACUUUGUUCCAGAGGAGAAUUCCUUGCAGUUAAUUUUAACUUCCCUUCACUGCUUUGUUGCAUCAAACUAGUACCUUCAUGCCAAUUUGCAAGCUCCUUGCAGUUGUUUGGAAGAUUUGCAAGUCUUUUGACUGAUCAUUUGAUGCUAGAUGUAUGUGAUGAGCUAGGAUUAGAAAAAGCUAUAUGCUUUACAUUAAGUAGUGAAGGAUUAUUAUGUACAAUUUAGCAUUACUUUGUAGGUAUUUUUCUCUCUGUAUAUUCUUUGUUCUACCCCUGAAAAAUACUCAGCAAUGAAGAGAAUAUAAAUAAAUAAAGUGAUAUUGAGGUGCCUUCAGCUGGCUAGUGGUCAGAAAUGGAAACUUAAAAUUUAGAUGAAAAUAUUUAGAGUAGAAUAUUAGUUUGACACCCAAAAAGUUAUGAGUAACAAUUUCUUCCUGGAGUUUUUCUGGUCACAUCUUGGGGGUUACAGGACAGUGCAUUUAUAUUUUGGACAAGUCCUUCUCUUUCAGAAGUUUUCACUUAUAACUUGAGAAGGUAAGAUAUUUAGCAUAAUUAAGUAAGCUCAGUCUUUUCUUUUUUCUGUAUUUGAACUUCUCGAUGGGGUGAAAAUUUUUCUAAUAACUGUUGUUUUAAGAGAAGCAUAGAAUUCUGUUGUGUUAAGGUUAGAGAAAGAAUUGGCCCGUGUUGAAGUAAUUCAGAGGGACUCUUAGAGACUAGAAACUUGUUUUUAAAAAUGAAAGAGGAUUCCUGUUCAUGUCAUACAUAUAAGUACUAUUUAUCUAUUUUAAUUGUUUCUAAUAUUAUUUUGUGCAGGCCUGCUAGUUUUAGUGUAUGUAUAGCGUCACUCUUAUGUUCGUUACAUCAGCAUUUUAUGCACAUGAUUUGUAUGGAUUUGUAGCAUUUCUGAAGUCUGAAUUAGCUUUCUAAGUGAAACUAUGUGAAAUCAGUGGUUAGUUUUCAGUCUGUUUUUUCUCUCCCUUUGUAUGUAUGUUUGUGUCUCUGUUUCUUGCUUUCAAACACACAACACACUUAAAGCUAGGAUAAAUUCUAAAGCACAUCUCAAAAAGUCACUAGUAAGAAAAAAGAAGUGAUAUUUUCCAAACAAAGGUGGUUUCUUUUCCCUACCCUUUCUUCUUGCUCCCUAUACCACUUAAUGUAGUGAUGAGGCAAACUGCUAAUAAGUGUGGAUGCCCAGUUAAAACCAGUAUAAUAAAGGAUGAGAAUAUCUGAUUUUUCAGGAAAGAUAUUCUGCAAAAGGAGUAUUUUAUAUAAAUUCUUAUAGUACAUUUAAAAUUUAAAUUCACUUACCCCAAGCCAUGAAUCCUUUUUAGGCCACAGGUCAUGUUAGCUUCUAACACAUGGCCAAGUAAAUAAUCGUUACUUUGGUAUCAGUCAGCUUUUCUGUCUUUUAAAAUCACCUGUGCCAUAGCCGUAGGAAGAAAUGAUCAGAGGAAGUAAUGUUAACUGGUUUUAUUUAGUUCGUUAUAGCUACAUGAGCAACCUAUUAUGGGGAAGUCACUGCUAGAAGUUGCAAGAUACAUCCUGUUUCAAGCAAAGUCCACUUGUCCCCAGGCGGACUCGUAGAGACUAGGAUCAUUGGAGGCACAGGGUGAGAGAGUGGGAAAAUGGAGUUGAGCUGUUAAGUGGUGUGAGUGGAUUUGUUCACUUAAGUGAUGGUCCAAGUGUGGACACAUAUUGCUUCCUGGGAGGUGAACUGCAUUUUGUAGAAGCAGCUGUUAUCACAGGGUAUAGUCCAUAUGUCCACGGCACUCUAAGGAACAGCAGUCAUUAGAUGCCAAGGUGGAAACAGUCAAGCGUCAGAACUAGAAUGGCCCUGACACAGGUUAUGUUGUAGAUGGAGCUGUUGGUUGGAGAGCUAAUAAAGAUUUUCUUAGGUUCUUAGAAAGUUGUUUCCAAGAUGAUACUGUCUGAUUCUUUUGAAUACAGGUCUCUUGACCUGAGUUAAUUAUGAGGAUGAGAGAAAAGGAAGCCUUUUUUUUUUUUUUUUUUUUUAAGCUCCUUGGUAAUAUUCCUGUGACACAUUUCUGUUAACUCUUCAAAGAAGGAAAGCCAGAUGAAAUGUUUGCUUUAACGAACAUAUUUUAAGAAGUCCUUUGGGGUCAGUUUUUUUUUUUUUCUCUCUCUCUCUUUAAGAUUAGGAUAUAUACUAUUAGCAAUAAAAGGGAAACAGUAAUAUUACUGUACACUACAACUUAAGUGAUUUUUCUAAAAAGCACAACAUCAUUGAAAACGUUUAUUUAAAAAGAAUUCAUAGUUCACAUUGAAUUCGUGAAGGCCAAAGAAAUGAAAAGGAAUGGUUAAAAAAAAGAUGACAAGUCUUUUUCAUCCACAUGUUUGGUAGGUUUUUGUAUACCAGAAUACCAGAUAGUGUUUUGCCCAUGAAAAUAUAUUUCAGAUUACUUUAUUUUUAGUGUUAGAACGUCAAGUUUAGGAGUUUUAAAAAUUAAAUAAGUCCCCCCCCCCAAUAUUUAAAGACUGUUAAUAUAUCAGUAUUUCCCUAGCUUGAUGAAUUUAACUAUAUCUUCAGAUCUGUGACAUGAUAACCCAUAGAACGGAUAAUAUUAGCUUUGAACAAAUUGUAUCCAGGGUUAAAAUAAAAAUCACAGGUAACUAGCGAGACUGUGAAGUUAUGCCAUAUUGAGUUGUGAGUCUGUAACAGCUUGAUAUCAAAGUUAUGGAAUAUACCAUAAAUACUGGCUAAUGAGAACUUUACGGAAUUCUCAAUUUUCUUACUAGUUUCCGGAAUGAAUGUAGAAAUGACCCUGUUAGCUUUUAAAAACUGUUCUAUGGUUAAUUUUUAUUUUUUGACUUAAAUAACACUUUUGGGAUUUGUUUAAAUUAUGUUUCUUACGAGCUGGAAAUUUUAGAAUCAUCCUGGUUUCAUUUCAGUUUUCUGUUCUUUAAGAUGAAUGUUUAGUUUACUGAGCCAAUUGGUCAUUUCUUCUUCAUGUCUUCUAAGUCCAGUGACUGUAAUUCUGAACUGUGAAUAAGUUACCAAAAACUUACUGGGAAUUGCAUUUUGAAGCAGUUUGCCAAUAUUUGAAGUAUGUACAUGUUUGUCAUUGUGUUAAAGAUUGUAUUGUACUAAGCAUGUAGCCAAGGUUUACUUUAGUUGUUAGUAAACAUUUCUGAUGCUAAAAGUUUAUUCAUUAUUGUUGCUUUUAAAAAGAAGAAAUGUUACAUAAAUAUAAUCAAAAGUCAUAUGUCUUCAUUCCAACUUCCUGAUUAUUUUAAAAAGGAUUAAGUUAAACAAAGUCUCUCUGCUUUUUUUCUGAUGUUAUACUCUGUAGGUACUGUACUUUCUCAAGUCUUUUAGAACUUUUUGUGAGAAUAUGUUGUUUCUAGCAAAUUUACAGGGUAUACAGUGACCAGCAACUUUGUAGAGGUGAAUUGAUAGUUGCAAAAAAACGAUAUUUAAGCUGGGUGAGUAGCAAGACAGCAUAUACUCCCAAUCCAAAGUUUCUGUAGUAUCUGGCAAUCUUUGAAUUGUAGAACAACGAUUCCUUUUACAGGAUCCUUUUAUAAACAGCAAGCCAAAAUCUCUAUCCCUAGUUGCUUACAGCACUUGCUGUGUUUCACAGGAGGCAAAGUUAGGCCAGGGUGGUUUGAAUGAAUAGAUGUGCUGUGUUGCCUGCCCAUAGAAUUGAGCCCAAUCUCCCAUCUCUCUUUUGCUUUCUGUUGCACUGUGGCAGAGCCUGGUGCUGCCACUCCAGCAUGGAUCGCUUUUUCCACAGGCCACAUUUUUUAUUUACAUGAAAUUUAACUUUAGUCCUUGUGAAAAGUUUUCUUUAAAUUCUCUUCGACUCACCAUCAGUAAGUAUUUACUGAGUGCUCAUUAAAGGCCAAGAAAUAAUCUCCCUAAAAAUUGAGUCUGCUUUUCAUUGGAGUGGAUUUAAGGAAAAAUAAAUUCUUUUUAAUUUUUUGGAUGAGGGAAAGAAGUCCUUAUUAAGUUUUCCUUAUGACUCUGAAGAUAAAUUAUUCUCUCUCAUUAAAAAAAAAAGUAGAAGCUUUAUUAGCUUCAUAAGCAUCCUGGAGAUAAAAACUAAUCUGGUAAUACUAUACAGAGAAGUUGCCAGGUUAUAGGGCAUUUAACCAUCUGACCCCUUUCCAGGAAGUAUAUACUGAAAUAAAUUUAUUAUUCUCAGUUUGGCUAGUAAGGAUACAGGAGAUUAUUUCCAGGGUUGAAAAGACGUAUUUGUGAACUUCAUAUUAACAUGAUUCAUUGACUCAAACACCAAGGUUCACACGUGUGUUUUCUCGUAGAGAAUGCUGUUAUGUAGCCCUGUUUUCCUUUUCAUAUUUCAAGAAGUUUUUGAAUAUGGAGUAUGAUGUGUAAUUGAAAAUAUGGAAUAAAAAAUGGAGCCUGUAAACAAUUUGGAGAAGUGCUCUCUGAUGGAAUUAUAGUUACUUCCUCCCAUUCAUGUAUCAGUCUGCCUUGGUAUAUGUUUCUAUAAAAUUAAAGAGACGUUAUGCCUGUUAGGAUGGAA